AUGAGUGUUAAAUCCAACAAAAUUUGUGGCGUUUGCGGUGAUAAAGCAAAUAUCCGAAAUUACGGGGCAUUAACAUGCGAGCCCUGUAAGGCAUUUUUCCGGAGAUAUGUGUUUAGAUCCGAGUCUAUCAAAUGUUCAUCAAAUGGCGGGUGUAUUAUAAACCUCAUGACGAGGGGUUUCUGUAAGAAAUGCAGAAUUGAUAAGUGUUUGGCUAUUGGAAUGAGAAAGGAAAUCAUUAGGACUGCAGAGGAAAAACUGAGACAAAGGCUAUUGAUUGAAGAAAAUCGUCUUAAGAAACAAAAACUUAAUGAAUGUUCAGAUUCUGUGAACUCGACCACCGAUUCACUGAUUAUUAAUUCAAAUGAUUCUCAAUCUAUAGUCAAAAAUGACUUUAUUGUGGAAUUAUUUGGUAAUACUAUAGAAAUAAAUGAUCAUAAACUUCAGGAACAAAUAAUUGAAAUUGAAAAAUAUAUCACUACUAAUACUCGUAAUAUAAUAAAGAAAAUAUCAACCAGGUCACCAAUAAUGCCGAUUUACAAAGGGCUCACUGAUUAUAAAGGUUUAAAUCGACUCGAAUAUAAUCGCAUUAAUGAAUUGUUAACAACAUCUCAAAUGUACAAAAGGGAAAUACAUUUCAUAAAUAACACAAUUAAUGACCAAAAGAUAUAUAAAGUACAAGACCUGAAAGAGCUGGAUGAAACCACAAAAACUGGUCACACGGUUAAGACACUCAUUCAAUAUCUAAAGGGAUUGAACGGAUUUACUGGGAUGUGCUCUGAAGACCAGUUAAUAUUAGUUACCGAUGCUUACCAUGAGGUGAACAUCAUGAGAUGCCUUAUGUUUUAUCAUUUUGAAACAAGGAACUUUAUAUUAAAGCUCAUUGCGAUACUGCUAUUCGAUCCAAACCGAUCUAAUAUAACACAUCAGCAAACUAUAAGACUCGAACAGCAACUAUACAUAUAUUUGCUGCAAAGGUAUCUAUUAAUGAAAUAUGGAUCGGAAUGGGAGUCAAGACUACAGAAACUGAUGAUCACAUUAAGGGACUUACAAGUGAUGUUUGAAUUGCGAAGGAUAUACAGUAGGGAUGAGAAUAAGCACCAGAAAUUUUGGGGCAUUAACGAAUUUGUGCGAAAUGCAGAGGAAAAUGAAAGGAUAAAGCAUUUGAUUGAAGAAAAUAAACGCAAGAGAAAAGAGUGCAAUGAAUGUACAGAUUCUGUGGACUCGACAACCAGUCCAUCAAAUCUAUCAUCAGAUGAAUCGCUAGAUUAG